ACACGCUGUGCUGUCUUGCAAAAGCACGGCUGCUGGGGACGUGAGGUGGACAAAUCAAGCUUUAGAGGGACUGCCGAGUGCCCUGGGGACGAUGCCGCGACCAGCGCUCCUCCUCGCUGCACUCGCGGUGAGCAAUGCUCUCCGUGCGCCCCCGAGCCUCGCCGCGAGGCAACACGCCGCCGACGCGGCCGCCGCCGCACUAGGCGGCAAACCGAUCGACCUGGGGGUGCCCUCCAUGUCUGGAGCAACCAUGCCGCCGAGCAUGGUCGCCGGCGGCGCGGCGCAGGAGACGUACGACGGCGUGCGCAUCGGCCCGCCGCCGGAUUUGGCCUCGCUCCUCCUCCACAACCGCAUCGUCUACCUCGGCAUGCCCAUGGUGAGCGCCGUGACCGAGUUAAUCGUGGCGGAGCUCCUGUACCUCAACUACGAGAGCCCCUCGAAGCCCGUAACAUUGUACAUCAACAGCCCGGGCACGGUGAACGCCCAGGGCCAGGCCGUGGGCUUCGAGACCGAGGCGUUCGCCAUCGCCGACUGUAUGAAGUACAUCAAGCCUCCGGUGCAGACGAUCUGCGUCGGCCAGGCCUUCGGGGCGGCCGCGAUGCUCCUCGCCCAGGGCGAGAAGGGCAAGCGCUUCUGCCUGCCGAACGCGUCGAUCAUGCUCCACCAGCCCCGGUCCCAAGCGCGGGGCCAGGCCUCGGACAUCGCCAUUCGGGCGAAGGAGGUCAUGGCCAAUAGAAAGGUGUCGUGCGAGUUGUUAGCAAGGGCCUGCGGCCGGCCCGUCGACGAGGUCAUGAGGGACGCGUCGCGUACCAAAUACCUCCAGCCCGACGAGGCCGUCGAGUAUGGGCUGGUCGACAAGGUGCUGCACAACGUCGGCAAGGCGGCCGACGCUCCCAAAAAACCGUCGUUCAUGGACGCGCUAUGAGCUCGCGUGUAAGUAUACUCUAGACAACACGUACAUUA